CAAUUGAGAUAAUCGGUAGUUUUGGGGUCAAUUCUAUCCUUUCUUUUCUUUUCAUUCAAUGAAAAUAUCUCCACCUGAUCAAGGUGAUGUUUGAUUAUAGGCUAGGCUGACGGUGCUAGGAAAAAACAACAAUGGCUGCACAUAAGAGAAUUUAACCUCUAAUAUCCGAGUCUCUAUUUAAAUCACUCUCUGGGAUUCAUUUUAUGCAUGCAAUACUUGGAGACUGUACUUCUCCAUGGCUAACACAAUUUUCAUUGUUGGGGUACUAGGCAACAUCAUUUCAAGUCUGGCCUACCUUUCUCCCUUGAAAACUUUUUGGAGAAUUGUAAAGAAUAGAUCGACAGAGGAUUUUUCAAGCAUACCUUAUAUCUGCACAUUAAUGAAUGCUACCCUGUGGAUUUACUAUGGAAUCACCAAGCCUGAUAGCUUCCUCAUCGCCACCAUCAAUGGUUUUGGUGCUGUAACUCAGAUUGUUUACAUUCUGAUAUUUCUGGUGUUCAUAUCUCCAAGAAUGAGAGCCAAGACCGCCUUGCUAGUUGGACUUUUGGAUGUGGGAUUUGCUGCAGCAGCAAUCUCGUUCACUCAUUUUAUGUUUCAAGGAGAUGUAAGAAUCGAUGUUGUUGGCUUCAUCUGCGAUUGCUCCGGUAUGCUUGUUUAUGCUUCGCCUCUUGCGGCUAUGAAAACAGUCAUAACAACGAAGAGUGUAGAAUUCAUGCCAUUCCUUCUCUCAUUUGCCAUUCUACUAAAUGGAGGCUUCUGGACUCUCUAUGCACUGCUUGCAAAAGACAUUCUUGUUGGAGAUUUGGCUCGGGUAGCUUGGGCAAAGAUCGGCCCUCGAGAGUUAAGGCAAAAGAGAGCUAGACUGCAAAACACAUCUAUUAAGCAAGGAAGGAAGUCAACCUUAAUGAUCCGAUGGUGCUGGGUAGAAGGUUCAUCGCCCAACGGAUAAAAAUUGCUCCAGAAGUAUAGACUAAUCUUCCCCGAGAGCUGUAAUAUAUUCCAAGGGCUGAUUUUAUAUGAAUUCCACUGCAAAUCUUCUAAAAGAGACAUUACUUUUUCAAAAGUCACACUAAAAGACAAUUGCCAGCUAAGCUAUGCCUUUAACUGCCAUUCAUAGGUCUUCUUCCCAUGAACAAACCCUCUUUUAAACAACACAAAACAAGCAACCAAGAAGAACUCCAAGGAAAGAUGGCGUCAUCAUACACAACUCUUUGCCUCAUUCUCAUACUCUCACAGUCUUUACCAUCAUCAUCUUCAUCCCAAGAAACAAGUUUUCUUGAUCAAAAACCAACAGCCUAUGAAAUCUUGGGAGACUACAACUUCCCUAAAGGACUGCUUCCUAAAGGAGUUGUCGGUUAUUCUCUUGACACCACAACAGGUAGAUUCUCUGCUUUCUUGAAUGGUUCUUGCAGUUUUUCUCUUGAAGGAUCAUACCAGUUAAGGUACAAGUCAAGCGUCAAUGGUUAUAUAUCACAAGGGAGACUCUCAAGGUUGGAAGGUGUGAGUGUGAAGGUGUUUUUUAUGUGGGUUGAUAUUGUUGAGGUUUUAAGAAACGGUGAUGAUCUUGAAUUCUCUGUUGGGAUUGCUGGUGCUGGUUUUCCUAUUGAUAAUUUUGAAGAGUGUCCUCAAUGCGGUUGUGGUUUGAAUUGUAGUGGUGCUAAAAGGAAAGUAAGCAAGAUUAGAUCAAACCCUUUUGUAUCUUCUUCUUAGAAAGAUCUGUAUAUUUCAAUCAUUGAAUUGUUCUAUUGUGUUUUUUAUACUCUCAUUUAAUUGGGAUUUAAUGAAAUGGGUUGUAAUUAUUUUCUUAA